CCGUAUUCGAUAACAAGGAUAUGACAAAAACAAUACAUGGAGUUCCAUUGAAGGAAGGAUGUCUUAGGGUAUCGGUGGAUGGUGAGAUUCAAGGUGACGCACAACUUCCUUUUCUGUAUUAGGUGAGAUGGAAUUGGUUUGCGAAGCUAUUGGAAGUCACGUAGCUUGGCCUGAGGAGCUUGUUAUUCGGAAACAUCCAUCAAAGAACAAGAAGAAGAAGAAGUGUCCUAUUGUGAAAUCAUUGUUCGAUAAAGCUGAGCUACACCCUUUUGUGCCCAAGCACUGCAAGUUAUUGUACAAACAUGCCAAAACUAUCAUGGAAGAGACUAAUGAGUCAAUAAGCACAAUGUUGGAUGAUAAAGUCUUUGGCGUGCAAAAAGAACUCUUCAUCUUAACUGAGAAUGUGACUAAUCUCUUAGAAAUGAAGUUGAUUGGCCAAGGAGUGAUAGCAGCAUACAUGACGUAAGCAUCUUGUUACUUA